AUGGCUUCCAAAGCAGACUCACUUGAUGAGCUCCCGUUCACCCAGACGGGAUUCGAGACCAUCAUGAAUAAGCUCAAGGUUCAUGGGUCUAUUGUGAGAGUUAUCAAUCGCAAUACAAGCUGUGCUUUCCUUACUAUUCCGUUUACAUGGAAUCUUCCGAAUACGACCAUUCCAUCUAUUAUAUACAAUUGUCGAACCUCCGCUUCUUGGGAUGGGGAUAUGGCCCUUUCUGUGACAUUCUUCCCUGAAACCCUGACGACUAACUCCGUUUGGUAUGGAUGUGAUCUCUCGAAGCGCAAGUUUCACGGAGAUCUGAUCACAGAUUCUGAGCUCAUUUGCGAUCAACUGGAAAACUUUGACGGUGACGUACUGCACCCGAUGGUUCUUCCUGUGGUAUUCGCAGGAUUCGAGAGGGAGAGGCACAUCGGUACAGUGAGGAAGUGUCUGACGCAAUUUGUUCAGCGAAUUCAUGAUCUAGCCUCCCCGGACCUACAAGCAUUGGACAAGGACGAAGGCUCUUCGGGAAACAAGGAGAUUAAGUCCGGAUAUGGCUUGCCAUUAACCAAGGAAGGAUGCUUAGCGCCUUACUUUCGGCUAGUAUCAAGACUCAUUCACUCGAAGGCUGCCAAGACUGUUCCCCCGCCGAAGACAAACUCGCAUCAGAAAGAAGAAGAGCAAGAGCCUGCUGUCCUGUUGUGGCAAAACAUCAGCUUUCUAAGGAUUGGGCUCCAGAACUGGCAGACCCAACUCGGCAAGAUGAUCGAUCAUAUCCAUCAACUUAAGGAUAUUGAUCACGACUUUAAACUUACAGAGAGAGACCCCAAGAACAAGAGCAGAUCUCUUUGUCUCCGACAGGUGGGCGAUAGACUAGAGACAAGGAUUCAGGACCUCGUUGAGGAAUAUGACGAGUACAUUAGACAAUGUACACAUAUUAUGGACGGCCUGACUUUGGCAACACAACUGGAACUGAACAACAUUGGCCGCAAAGACGCAAGAACCAACCAGAAAAUCUCUCGUGUGAGUCUGGAGGUUGCACAAAUGACUCGCCUUGAUGGUAGUCUCAUGAAGUCCAUUGCCAUGCUGGGCAUGGUCUUCCUUCCUGCAACCUUUGUUUCUACCUUCUUCUCCAUGGGCUUUUUCCAGUGGACUGAAGGAAUUGAGAAGCAUUCACAGCAUGUCGACAUGGACUCACAGGACAUCGACAUGGAUUCAGAGGGAAUUGAGAAGUGUUCACAGGACAUCGACCCGGAUUCACAGGACUUCGACAUGGAUUCAGGGGGGGUUGAUAUGGAUUCAGAGACAAUUGACGAGUAUUCACAGGACUUUGACAUGGAUUCAGGGAAAAUUGAUAUGGAUUCAGGGUGA